AAGGUGAAAAAAAAAAAAAAAAAAAGAAGCUUGUCUUUUGUUUGGUGGGGUUUGAAAAAAGGCAGAUUAUAAUACCUUGAUGAUGAUCGGAGCUCUCCCAACUAUUUGCAAUUUUAUAUUAUUAAUUUAUACCCUUUUGGAAUUUUGCGCAGGAUUCAAGCAGUAUCCUUUAUCUUUACUAAAAUGGUUGUGACUUUGUUCAAAGAAAGGCUGGGGGAUUUGCAGGGGUGAAAAGCUGUGGGUGGUAGGGUGGGGAAUUGGGAACUUUCAUCUUAUCUGGGAUUCAUCAGAUUCGACUAUUUUUGCAGAAUCUUAAUCUGUGUCAGGAACAGUUUGCCAGACCAGGGGCGGGUAAGAUUUCUUGUUAUGGGUUGGCUGACUAAGAUUCUUAAAGGUUCUAGCUAUAAAGGGCAUUCUCAUAGGAAAUUUAGAGAGGAUAGAACAUGGGACGAGCCUCGUAAUUCAGUGGAAGAAGACAUAGAUGUUGCUAUUGCAAUGUCCCUUUCAGAACUAGAUCAAAAAGGGAAAAGUGUAAUCGAAGAUGAUUCUCAAUCAGAGGAUGACGAACAACCUUAUAAAGUUGAAUCAGACGAUGAUGAACGAUCAGCCAAAGUUGAAUCAGACGAUGAUGAACGAUUUGCCAAAGUUGAAUCAGAUGAUGAUGCACGAUUUGCCAAAGUUCAGUCGGACGAUGAUGAAAAACCUGCCAAAUUUGACUACGAGGAAGAUGAACAAAGUGCUAAACUUCAAUUGGAGGAAGAUGAACAACUUGCAAAGGCUAUUCAAGAAAGUUUGAACAUGGAUUCUCCUCCUCGACGUGAUAAUGGCAAUAUAUUUCAACCUCCUUCAUUAUUCAUGCCAGCCAGGUACAGGAUAUGUGCUGGCUGCAAAUUGGGAAUCGGCCAUGGACGAUAUUUGAGUUGCAUGGGUGCUGUUUGGCAUCCAGAAUGUUUCCGUUGCCGUGCUUGCAAUCUUCCAAUUACUGAUUAUGAGUAUUCGAUGUCUGGGAAUCACCCUUACCAUAAAUCCUGCUAUAAGGAGAAGCAUCACCCAAAAUGCGAUGUUUGCAAGAGUUUCAUCCCAACAAAUUCAGCUGGGCUUAUUGAGUAUAGAGCACAUCCUUUCUGGCUACAAAAGUACUGUCCUGCUCAUGAGCGCGAUGGGACUCCUCGGUGUUGUAGCUGUGAAAGAAUGGAGGCACGGGACACAAGAUAUUUGUUACUUGACGAUGGUCGGAAGCUAUGUCUGGAGUGUCUAGACUCGGCAAUUAUGGAUACUCACGAAUGCCAACCCCUUUACCUUGAGAUACAAGACUUUUACGAAGGUUUAAACAUGAAACUGAAGCAGCAAGUUCCAAUGCUCUUGGUCGAGAGGCAAGCUCUAAAUGAGGCUAUGGAGGGAGAAAAGAAUGGUCAUCAUCACAUGCCGGAGACUAGAGGACUCUGCUUGUCAGAAGAACAGACUGUCACUACCAUUUUACGGAGGCCAAGGAUUGGAGCUGGCUACCGGCUGAUAGACAUGGUUACUGAGCCUCAUAGGCUGAUUCGUCGCUGUGAAGUAACAGCAAUUCUUGUACUGUAUGGCCUUCCUAGGUUGUUGACAGGGUCAAUUCUCACUCACGAGAUGAUGCAUGCAUGGCUGAGGCUUAACGGCUAUCCGAACCUGAGCCCAGAGGUAGAAGAAGGUAUCUGCCAAGUGUUGGCACAUAUGUGGCUGGAUGCUGAGACAUAUUCUACUCCGGGUAGUGAUAUUGCCUCGUCAUCAUCCUCUUCUUCCUCUUCCUCGUCAUCCUCUUCUAGUUCGGCAUCAUCUAAGAAGGGUAAACGGUCUGACUUUGAGAAGAAACUCGGUGAAUUUUUCAAACACCAAAUUGAAUCGGAUUCAUCAACAGCUUACGGAGAAGGAUUCAGGAUAGGUAACCAAGCAGUGCUCAAGUAUGGUCUGAGGAGGACCCUCGACCAUAUUAGAUUGGUCGGAAACUUUCCCGAGUGACUUUUAGAGUUGAUACAAAAGAGUUCUUACCACAUAAAUCCAUACCUCGGCCUUGCCAAUGACUAUAUAGGAUGUAGAUCAUGAGAGAUACGCAAAGAAAAUGCUCAUUUCUGUGUGGAUUGUUGUCAUCUCAAAACAGUUUGUGGAACAUAUUUAGAAAUUAUACUACCACAUUUUACCCUUCAAAUCUGUUUAGAAGAAAUUGUAUCUAAAAGACAGAUGACAAUUACGACGGGAUUGCUCUUAGAGGCAUUUUAUCCAUGGAUAUCAAGCUUGACCAUCCUUCUGGUUUUCCAUGUACUUGUUUUGUAAAAACUCGGGGAGUUUCCCUCUAGGUGUAGUGUGUCCACUACUGUAUUUGAGGUGAGGUUUCGAGUUUGAAUUUCUCACCGCCAAUAUCUAUUGACGAAAAAAAAAAGGUUAAAAUAGA